ACUUGCAAUCGGCCAUUUUGUGAGUGUGUGCUGGAUCGGGAUAUUUGUGUUAAGAAGCUUUUCCAGUAAAACCGAAUGAUUUAGUUUACGAGACGGACUCGCUUUACUUUUAUUACAUGUGCUAAGAGUGCGGGUUAUCCGUAGACUUCACGUAGAUUUGUACGAUGGAGGAAAGGGCGUCGUUGAAAGAACUCGACCAGUGGAUAGAACAAUUAAAUAACUGCCAACAACUAACAGAAAGCCAAGUAAAAUCUCUGUGCGACAAGGCAAAAGAAAUCUUAGCUAAAGAAUCUAAUGUACAAGAAGUAAAAUGUCCUGUAACAGUAUGUGGAGAUGUACAUGGACAGUUUCAUGAUUUAAUGGAACUGUUCAGAAUAGGAGGCAAAUCUCCAGAUACAAAUUAUCUUUUUAUGGGUGACUAUGUAGACCGUGGUUAUUAUUCCGUUGAAACUGUUACCUUGCUUGUUGCACUCAAGGUCAGAUAUAGAGAAAGAAUAACUAUUUUAAGAGGUAAUCAUGAAUCAAGACAAAUCACACAGGUAUAUGGAUUUUAUGAUGAAUGUUUACGUAAAUAUGGCAAUGCCAAUGUAUGGAAAUUCUUUACGGAUUUAUUUGAUUAUUUACCAUUAACUGCACUGGUGGAUGGUCAAAUAUUUUGUUUACAUGGUGGUUUAUCACCAUCGAUCGAUACUUUAGAUCAUAUACGUGCCCUAGAUCGUCUUCAAGAAGUGCCACAUGAGGGUCCCAUGUGUGAUCUUUUGUGGUCAGAUCCAGAUGAUAGAGGAGGGUGGGGUAUUUCUCCUCGUGGAGCAGGAUAUACUUUUGGACAAGACAUUUCAGAAACUUUUAAUCAUUCUAAUGGCCUGACAUUAGUAUCACGAGCACAUCAAUUAGUUAUGGAGGGUUACAAUUGGUGUCAUGAUCGUAAUGUUGUAACUAUUUUCUCAGCACCUAAUUAUUGCUAUCGUUGUGGAAAUCAAGCUGCAAUUAUGGAAUUAGAUGAUGCUUUAAAAUAUUCAUUCCUUCAAUUUGACCCAGCUCCAAGACGCGGUGAACCACAUGUUACUAGGCGGACACCAGACUAUUUCUUGUAAAGUGUCAAACCCCUGAGUUAUCUAUUAAGGUAGGGGUAUGGAAAUGAUUCAGACUUUAUAGCAAUGCCACUGAACAUAAUUUAUGAUAGAACAUCAAUAAAAGUGUGAGGUUCCAACUAUCCUUACACAUUACAUUAUAGUCUCAAGUAUUAUAUCAUGACUCACUUUGUGGUGUCUUGUUGAGAGACGGAACACACAACCGAGUAUUUUGCGUGUGUCCCACACCAUACAUGUAGACACAACAUUAAUUGUAUACAAAUAGAGAAAAAACAAACAAUAAUGUACACACCUACCAAUUAAAAUUCACGUAUCGCAUUGAGUUCUACAACUUUCAUUGUAUUGCUUGUAUUUUUAUUAUCAAGAAACAAAACAAAAGAAAUGAACAUAAUAAGUAGUGCGAACAAAAAUAUGUGUAUGAUACGGUUUUGAAACCUUGAACAAAUAUUAAUUUAUUGAAAAACUUUUUAUACGGGCAAAAUUAUUUGUUGCGUGUACUGGAUAGAAAUAAUGUUGUUUAAGGUUUUAAAAAGUGUAUCAAAAUGAUAAUAGUUUAUAUUUAAGAGAGUGUCACAUAAUUAUUAGUGUGAAUGGAGCAUGAAAUGUUCCACUUAAAGGAAAUAAAAAGAGGGUUGAUGCAACAGUAAAAUUCGGCAUAUACAAAUUGUGCCAUAUAAACAAUUCAAUAAAUUCUUUAGUGAAUUUUGUUAAUGAUUGUAAUAUAGCAUUACACAUAAUAAUUCAUCAGAAUCAUAGCAGUCAAUAAUUUUGCUUAUAGUAUUGAUGUUGUUUCAUUAAAUAGAUCAAAAUAUAAUUUGUAUAAGUCA